UAAUACAUUUUUAAUACUUUUUUUUUUAUAAUAAUGGCAAUUGUCCAAAUUGCGACGACCAAGCUUGCAGACGUAACGCAGCGGCGAUUCAUAGUUCCUAUUUCAUGCGAAUAUCGCUUUGAAUCGAUCGCUCGAAAAUUCACCGCAGCGCUCGCGGGCGAUCUAAUUUAAAAAUCAUGCGGGGGGGUCACAAGAACGUUCGAUCGGAUUUCCUGUGACGCGACGGUGUUUUCCUCGGGAUUUUUCGUAAUGCAUCGUUUAACGACCGUCGGCGCGAGGAAAGAAAAUGAAUCUCGCGCUCCCCCUCCUCGCGCCCUUGCCGGUCGCUGCCGCGCGCAGCGAUCGGUCAUGAAAACGCGAUUUUUCGUGCGCGCUCGUGCGCCCUUCGAGUCUGCCCUUCCUCGACGAUCUGGCAACAGCGCGUGUGCGCGCGCGCACCACCCGCCGGCUGCCGGUGGCGCCGCGAUCAGCGGCACGGCGGUGGCGUGCAAUCCAAAUGAGCGCGUUGUGUUUUUGUAUUCGCGCUGCGCCGCCGCCGCCGCGCUAUGCGGCGAGGGGUGGAUGAACAAGAGGGGGACAGGGGGACCAAGAUGGCGACAGCCGUGCAGCCGAGCGAACGCACUCUCAGGCUACUGCUGUGAAUCUCGUCGCGCGCGCGUUGCACACACUGACGACGACGACGACAGCUGCGUGAGAUGGGCCGGCUCGUCCGUAGAUCGCCAAUCACAUCUGUCAUCCCAACCUCGCAGCUCGCACAUUAUCCCGCGUAACCGUCGGCGAUGCUCGUUUGACGCGGCACGCACUCCUCGAUUCUUUCUCGAACCGGGUCGGAGGAGAACCAAAAAAAAAAGUAGAAAAAAAAUACCUUGUCGUUAUUCGCGCUCGUCGCGGGCCCGCAAACAUUCUGACGGAGGUAUCGGAGGAACAUCCCGUCGAGCGACGUUGUCCUCGUCCUCGUCGUCAUCCUAGUAUCGCCACGCGUCGCGACGAGGUAGCGCGCGAGGUCUCGCGGCACUCGGUUUGUCAUGGCUACAAAAAAGUAUGAUGAUGGAGUGAGCGAUGAUACCAGUGGGAGUGAUUUUGAUGAUGAAGAAGAUCCUGAUAAAAUUGAAGUGCCUGGUGGUGGUAAAGAUCUCGCAACUGCUGCUGUAAUUGGAAGUAUCAAAGAUGAAAAACCUGUGGAUCCAGCAAUUCUACCUGUGGAUAAAACGCAAGGACCGUUAAAUGAAUUAAAUCAAAAAUUUGGCAAUAAUAUACCUGGAGGAUUAGUGACAAAGACUGCGACACCAGGUUACGAAAUGGUGCAUGUUGGAGGCUCUCAAGGUACUCCGCCAGGAGGUUUUGUUGGCUCAGGUCAAUUAAAUCAACUCAAUCAAUUAGCGGCUGGUGGAUAUCCUGGUGGUUUUCCACCAGGAUUAGCUCUCGCAGGAUUUAAUCCUGCUGCUUUCCUUCAAUCAAGCAUGGACAUGAAUACCUUGAUGGGUAGCUUUAUGGGUAUGCCUGGGAUGAACAUGAACAUGAACAUGGGUGUUAAUCCUUUCGUUCAGUUACUUAAUCAAAGUGGAAUUCAUCCCAAUUGGUCGGGUCUUUCAGGAAAAGCAGUAUCACAAAUGUGGAUGAAUGCAGGCGACCCUACAAAAUUAAUGCAGCCAAGUAUUCCAGAAGAAGAAGAAGUGGACGACGAAGAUAUGGGUGUCGCCGAGACUUAUGCCGAUUACAUGCCGAUGAAAUUGAAACUUGGACGAAAGCAUCCCGAUCCGGUUGUGGAAACGGCGUCUUUGUCGAGCGUCGAACCGACUGAUGUUUGGUAUAAAUUAUCUAUACCAGAGGAAACGAUACGAUCCGGUGCACUCUCUGCUCUCCAACUCGAAUCCAUCACAUAUACUUCACAACAGCAUGAGCACCUUCUACCCGAUGGGUCACGCGCCGGAUUUCUAAUCGGCGACGGCGCGGGUGUUGGUAAGGGCAGGACUAUAGCUGGUAUUAUAUUCGAGAAUUACUUGAAAGGUCGAAAACGUGCCAUCUGGGUGUCUGUGUCGAACGAUCUCAAGUACGAUGCUGAGCGCGAUUUAAAGGAUAUAGGAGCAUCGAAAAUAGAAGUACAUGCUUUGAAUAAAUUUAAAUACGCAAAAAUCUCGUCAGCUGUGAAUGGUAAUGUAAAGAAAGGUGUAAUCUUCAGCACGUAUUCCGCAUUAAUUGGUGAAUCGUCGCAAAGUGGCGGGAAAUAUAAAAGCCGAUUAAAACAGUUGUUGCAAUGGUGUGGCGAGGAUUUCGAUGGUCUGAUAAUUUUUGAUGAGUGUCAUCGAGCAAAAAAUUUAUGCCCUACUGGAAGUUCAAAGCCUACUAAAACAGGACUAACGGUCUUGGAAUUGCAAAAUAAGCUUCCAAAGGCUAGAGUUGUAUAUGCCAGCGCAACCGGCGCUUCUGAACCUCGCAACAUGGCCUACAUGGUACGACUAGGUAUGUGGGGCGAAGGUACGCCUUUCCCGGAGUUUAAUGGUUUUAUCUCUGCUGUGGAGAAGCGCGGUGUCGGCGCGAUGGAGAUCGUAGCUAUGGAUAUGAAACUCCGUGGCAUGUACAUUGCUCGUCAAUUAAGUUUUCACGGUGUUGCCUUCAAGAUCGAGGAAGUACCUCUUUCCAAAGAUUUUACGAAGGUUUACGAUCAAUCAGUGCGUUUGUGGGUGGAAGCGAUGCAGAGGUUCCAGGAAGCGGCAGAACUAAUAGAUGCGGAGAACCGUAUGAAAAAAACAAUGUGGGGCCAAUUCUGGUCGUCACAUCAACGUUUCUUCAAGUAUCUUUGUAUCGCCGCGAAAGUGAAGCACGCGGUAUCUGUGGCACGCGAGGCAGUCAAAUGUGGCAAGUGUGUUGUGAUCGGUCUACAAUCAACCGGUGAGGCGCGCACUUUGGAGCAAUUGGAACGUGACGAUGGCGAGCUUAGCGAUUUCGUUUCUACUGCAAAAGGAGUUCUGCAGACACUAGUGGAAAAACAUUUUCCAGCGCCAGAUCGUAACCGCAUCCAGCGUCUUCUUGGUUUAGAACCACCGAAAUUUAAAUUAGAGGAUGACGAGGAUGGUGCUGGCGGUUCUGCAGGAGGCAGCAAGAGAAAGCCAAUUCGGCAAGCGGCACAGCGUGCAACGAAAAAAGUACGAUCUUGGUCUUCAGAAGAGGAGAUAUCGGACGAGGAGAAGAACGGCGCUCAUAGUUCCGGCUCUGAGUAUAAAUUAAGCGGCACCGAAAGCGAAGACGAUCAUCAGACAGACGAGGAGAGCAACGUUAGCUCCGAUUUCAAUCCAUUUUUCAGUGAUAGCGAUUCUGACGUUGAUCCCUGGGACAGACGAAAGAAAAAGGGCAAAAAGCAAAAGAAACCCGCAAAGAAACGUUUAAGCACACAGGAUAAAAUUCAAUCAAUGUUAGUGCAUAAACAGUCCAACAGCAAAAAUAAACGCAAUGGUGACACGGCGAUAAGCGGGCCUAUGAGCGCCGUGGGCGGAAAUAUGCCUCAUAAUCAGGCACCGCCUAGAGACGCAAUCGAAAGAGCUUGCAGCAUGAAGGAGGAAUUAUUAACGCAAAUAGAAACUCUUGGCGACCGAUUACCGCCAAAUACAUUAGAUCAAUUGAUAGACGAACUCGGUGGACCGGAAAAUGUGGCGGAAAUGACAGGAAGAAAAGGUCGCGUCGUGCAAAGAGAAGAUGGUGGAAUAGAAUACGAGUCUCGAUCAGAGGUGGAUGUUCCUUUAGAAACUCUUAAUUUGACAGAGAAGCAAAGAUUUAUGGACGGAGAGAAGACUGUGGCGAUAAUUUCCGAAGCAGCCAGUAGCGGUAUAUCGUUACAGAGCGACAGGCGAGCUAGAAAUCAAAUGCGACGUGUGCAUAUCACGCUUGAAUUGCCGUGGAGCGCGGACAGAGCGAUACAACAGUUUGGACGAACGCAUCGAUCAAAUCAGGUUAACGCGCCGGAGUACAUAUUUCUUAUAUCGGACCUGGCUGGAGAGAGGCGAUUUGCUUCGAUCGUCGCAAAACGACUGGAAAGUUUGGGCGCAUUAACACAUGGUGAUCGUCGCGCAACGGAGACCCGUGAUUUGUCGCAGUUCAAUAUUGACAACAAGUACGGUCGCACGGCUCUAGAAGCGACAAUGAAGACUAUAAUGGGAUACGAGCCACCAUUGGUACCACCGCCUCAGGAUUAUCACGGUGAUUUCUUCAAGGAUGUAGCGGAUGCGCUGGUAGGCGUUGGUUUGAUUUGCAACAGCGAGAGCACGCCUGGUGUGCUCACGCUCGACAAAGAUUACAAUAAUAUGUCGAAGUUCCUGAAUCGCAUUCUUGGGAUGCCAGUCGACCUGCAAAAUCGUCUGUUCAAAUACUUCACCGACACGCUUAACGCCAUUGUAACUCAGGCCAAGAAGACUGGUCGUUUCGACAUGGGUAUUCUUGAUCUCGGCACAUCAGGCGAGAACGUUCGCAGAGUACGACUUUAUCGGUUUCUGCGAAAGCAUGCAACCGGUAAAGCACCAACGGAACUACAUGUUGUUCACGUUGAGCGCGGUAUGAGCUGGUCUGAGGUUACGGAAAAAUCCUCGGAUCUGACCGGGUCCAAGGAAGGUUUUUAUUUGAGCCAUCAGAUCCGCAAUGGCAAACAGACUGCCAUUCUUGCAAUCAUGGUAGACAGCGGCAAGAAAAAAUCCGAAAGCAAGAAGGAUCAAUAUAUGGUGUACAGACCUAACACGGGUCUGCAGCUGCGACAAGAGACUCUAGGCGAAUUAGAGAAGAAGUACAAGAAAGUGAGUGCAGAGGAGGCGGAACCACAUUGGACGCAACAAUAUGAGGCCUCUGUAACCACGUGUUCGCAUGCAUAUUGGAGUGGUAACUGCAAAAACACCACUGUCGGUAUAGACUGCGAAGUUGGGUUAAGAAGACGUUCCUAUAAUGUAUUAUCUGGUUCAGUUCUGAGUGUUUGGAGCCGCGUGGAAACUGUGCUUGCCGCGCGAUCCGGACAUAACUCUAAGAUGCAAGUAAUACGACUGCGUACAGAUGAAGGAUUGAAGAUUGUCGGGACGCUUAUCCCGAAAUCCUGCAUGGAGUCGUUACGUCAAGCGCUGUCCUCUGACGCGGAGAAAACAGAAGAAUUGACAUUUUGAGCACUGAGUCUCGUGUCAAGGGUAAUAAUAGGACCAAGCGAGGCUCUUGAUGUUACGUAAAAUGCGACUGUAGGAAGAUCCCUCUUUUCCUAGAUUUUUCGUCCAGAUGCGAGAAGAGGAUGGAAUUACGAACGAAGCUAUGUGUGAUUACAUACGUAUAUUAUUUCUCUGGAACUGUUUUGAAACGCGUCAUCCAAGUAGAUUCCGAAUUGAAUCUACUAAUCAACGUGACGAAGUACGAGUAAACGCUUCCGCUUAACCAACGACAAGGCCAAGAUCACACUUGCUGCUUAUUUUCUUUGUCAUGUCUAUGCAAUCUCGUUCAUGAGAAAUUAUAGCAUUCAUCCGUUACAUAGCAACGUAGAUUUUUAAGUAGUCAUUCUUUUUAUUAUAAUAUCUUACAUAUAUAAAAUAUCUCCGCUGCUCUGAUUAUAAGCUGAUUAGAGGAGGAAGUUUAUUUUUUAUGUCGUCGCCGUUAAUCAUAUUUUUGCCCAUGAGAUUCUAAGAGAUGGACGUAGCGCGUGGUACGUAGUAGAAUAAAUACAAAUUUGAAUUGUUUUGAUUGUGACAGAACACAAUCGCGCGUAAAAAAUAACAAAGCAUGUAUUUUCCUUGUAAAAAAAAAUAUGGGUAUAAUCGAUUAAUAGUCCGUACAAUUUAGAAACGUGUUCAGUUUUAAGCUAAUUCAAAGCGCUAAUAUCCGAAGAGUAUCAAUCGUUGUUGUAAAAGUGCCAGUAAAUUCAAUUAAAUGUGAUGACUAUCGAAGGGACGGAUUAAUCGAGACGAUUAGCAAAACGAUCGGAGCAAUCGGUCCUCUUCGGGAAAAAUAUGCGAUAGCUUUGAUUUCUGUUUGAUCAUUAAAUCGAUCACAGAUCGAAUUAGAGAGGCGUUAUAUAUACACAUACAUAAGCUACUGCUAUCGUUACUACUAUAGCUACCAUUUAUUACUAUAAAUUAUUACUGCUACUGCUAUAUUAGUAUUAGUGCUCUACCGUUACAAAACUAUUAUUAAUCCCCUCGCAGUGUAUGACGCAUACAUACAUAUCUUUAAAAGAAACUAAUUUACUUUUUUGUAAUUUCUAUAAAAAUAAGUAUUCGAAGGUUUGUGAGAUUGCUGAAUCCAAAUAUGAUAUCAAAAUGUGAAAAUUUUAAAUGGCGGAUUCAAUACGCCAGAUGAAAUUUUAAAAAGUAGUUGGAUUCUUAUAAAAAUAGAUGUUCUAAAGUUUACACACACACACACACACACACACACACAGUGCUUUUAUUUUAAAUUAUAUCGUGAAAUGUUACAUUAUCUUGCAAUAUAUUUUGACAUUCUAAUGUAAGAUUCAGCAAGCUUGGAAUUCUUAAAAUACCAAUUUUGAUUUUUUUUUUCCAUUUCAGUUUGUUAUAUUGGACCCACCAUUUUGAAUGUUAGCAUUCCGAUAUUAUUUUGGAUUUAGUGACCUCAAAAAAUUUGAUACUAAAAUUAUAUAAAUCUAAGAAAUCUUUUUUUUACACAGUGGUCGCACAAAAAUUUUAUUUUCGCUACACUGCGAAAGAGUUAAUAAUAUUUAGAUCUGGAAAGACGAGGUAGUCACACGAAUAUCGCAAAUGUACUUUUCCAAUUCUACCAUAGGACUUGAGAGACGCGAUGUACUAUGCAAGUGCCAAGUUACACAUUUUAUUGCUUUCUGUUUUCUUUUAUUAUCAUGACAGAACAUUAAUCGUUCAAAAAAUAGCUUUUGUUAAAUUUUUGUUUUUUAAGUCACUGAGUGUACAAAUCACAUUCUUGACAGAUAACUAUUCUUAUUUUUUUGUACCAUGUAUCUUAAAUAUUAUCGAUUAAUCUGUUGGUACAAAAGUAAAAUAAGUAUUUGUGAUACGCUAAAUUAUGUAAUACAAUUUUACAUGAAGCCUUUUUAUUUAUCUUGAACAAACGCGAGUUGUAUGUAUAUACAUUUUUUGUUUCUUUUAUUUUUUUGCGUGGUUUUACGAAAUUGAAACAGAUAUAUCCGAUACCUUCCUAUAUACCUCAACGAGAUAUUUUCCAAAAUAUUGUUCAAAACAUGACGCCUCGUCUUUUGACGAUCUCCACCUAUAACUAAUUAGCCUUAAAACAAUUUAAAAAAGGAAAAAAGAAUUAGAUUGAAAAAAGUACAUACAGCUGAUAUAUUUAUAUUCAGAUGCAUAAACUAGCAACCAGUGCGGCCUGCAAGUAUAUUAGAUGUGGAUUGUCUGUCCGUUUGUACAUCUGAACGAGAUUCGAAGAGUGAGUGAUAUGGGCCUCGCGAUCCAUCAUCUCUAAUGAUAUGAUAAAACUUUAAAGAUGCAGAUUUAGAGCGUAGAGUGUACUGUCCGUUGGAUAGAAUCAAGCCGUGAUUAGAAUCUUUACUUUAGUGAUUUAAUUCUUAAGAGCGUGUGCGUGAUAUGUCUGUGUUUGACAAAGGAACGAGAAAGAAAGAGGGGAGGAGAGAGAAAUUCGUCAUCACCUGUUUCCACAGUUAUCUUAAAGGAUCAUUCCGCGGGAGUACACAAUACAAAUAACCGCGUGAUUCUUCACGGAUAACACGAUAACUACAUAUUACAUUUAUAAAGAAGACCGAUAGAAAAAAACAUCCGAUUGUAAGAUAUCUACGUAAUUAUCUGUAUCCUUUUUCACUCGGAGAGAGAAUGGAGAAAAGUGAGACAUUAAAUGUUAGAGCGAGAUUUAUCGUAGAUUUAAUUUAGCUAUUGAGUAUUCGUAAUGCGUGAUAUAUUAAUUAUUGCUACAUUACUUUAGCGAAAUAUGGGAAGCAGGAUCAGAUGAAGUAGGUGUGCGAUUCAAAGAUAAUCAGAAUCUGCCAUGGAUUCAGGAGCAGGAUUAUAAUGAAGUGAAGUGGUAAUUUAUAAAAAGAGCUCUCGUGAAGCUAGAAAUGUAAAUAUAAUAUAUCGAGGCUGUAGGAAAAGCGAAACUCUAGGAUAUAUGGGAUGUAUGUGUUUUGUAUUCGGUAUUUUUUAUAUUUCGCUUGAGUUCCUAUUUUCCAAACACGUGACUUAUAUAAAUGUAGUAUCUAGUACACGUGGAAACAGGGUGUCGCGCUUUCUAGUGAAACGACUAUUCCUUUUUUCGUAACGUACUGUGUUUUCACGGAUGACUCACGAAUGAGCGAAUGCGCUGUGUGUAUAUAUGCACAAUGUAUAAAUGUCUCUGUGUAUGUAAAACCAAUUCUUAUCCAAAACGACGACGAUACUCACCCUUUCCUCGCAUCCGAGAGUGCUCUUUUUUUUUUAAUUCUCCAUCUGCGUUUUAUUCGACUCAAUAAUUAAUCACAAUUUUCUUUUUGCAUGACUAAAAGCCUCUAGAUCAGCCAUUUUACAUCAUUUUCUUUUCAUCGUAUCAUCAAAAUGUGUUAUGUGCAAAAUGCAAAAUAAACUAUUGGUUUAUACAGA